UUUGUCGCCGAUCGAGCAAGAUGCCUUCCAGACUGAGGAAGACAAGGAAACUAAGGGGGCAUGUCAGUCAUGGCCAUGGACGUAUUGGUAAACACAGGAAACAUCCUGGAGGCCGUGGAAAUGCUGGUGGUAUGCACCACCAUAGGAUUAACUUUGACAAAUACCACCCUGGUUAUUUUGGAAAGGUUGGUAUGAGACAUUACCACUUGAAAAAGAACCAGCACUUCUGCCCGACAGUGAAUCUGGAUAAGCUCUGGACGUUUGUUAGUGAGCAGACAAGGUUGAAUUAUGCUAAAAACCCAGCAGGACUAGCUCCAGUUAUUGAUGUUGUACGCUCUGGGUAUUACAAAGUCCUGGGCAAAGGAAAGCUGCCCAAGCAGCCUGUCAUUGUGAAAGCAAAAUUCUUCAGCCGAAGAGCAGAAGAGAAAAUAAAGGAAGUUGGAGGAGCCUGUGUCCUAGUGGCAUAAAUGUUUAUAUAUG